GUUUGCACGUCUCAGUGUCGUAUCUCACUCCUCCAGGAAAGUAGAUCCAUCUCUGUCUCCGUCGUCGUUCCUCAGGCGAUCUCCCGUCUUUCAUCUCCGAUCAGAAAUCGUCUGCUAGAGGGGGAAGAAGAAAUGAAUUUUCUGCUACGGUCUACUAGUCACCAUGUGGCGCCUGAAAAGGUUCCUGCUCACGAACCUGCUGUAGACACGCAGUAUAUGGCGAAACCUACCAAGACUCUGGAGGGUCUUAUAUCUGAAGAUCCGUUCCCCGAAUCUCCAGUGGCGAGAUAUCGAGAAGUAGUUUCUGAUGAAGUUGGAGAUGAAAAUGGCAGUGAUGGAGGUUCGGCUUUAAAGAAAGGUUCUUGCGUUGUUGAGGGGCAUUCGGAUGUUUCUGAAGAAGAAGGAUGGAUCACUAUUCCACACAAGGAACUUCCUGAUGAGUGGAAUUCUUCGCCCAAUAUACACUCCCUACGCUCCUUGGAUAGGUCAUUUGUUUUUCCUGGUGAACAAGUUCAUAUAAUAGCAUGUUUGUCAGCAUCCGAUCGAGAUACAGAAACCAUUACUCCAUUCAAAGUUGCUGCUGUUAUGUGUAAAAAUGGCAUAGGACAAAGCCCUGAGAGACAGAAUGGAAACGUGAAUGACCGAAAUCAUGUAGAAGGAGAAAUAAAUGAUAGUGAUCAAGUUACAGGCCAAGAUGGCGACGACUCGUUGCUACAGAAGAGUGAUCCAAAAGCUGUUGUUUCUGCUAGCGAAUCCAUUCUCAGAAUGGAGGAUCACAAAAGGCAAACUGAAACAUUAUUGCACAGAUUCAAGAACUCACAUUUUUUUGUUAGGAUUGCGGAGUCAGAUGAGCCACUUUGGUCAAAGAAAGCUGGACAAAACCGUGAGUUAGCUGACAUUGAUGGUCAGAGUUCCUUUGGGAGCGGAACCGGAAAGGCCAAAACUCAUCUCAAUGCUCUCAUCGACAAAGGAAAUUUUGAUGCCAAUGUUGCUGGUGGGGCUGCCAGAAAUAGUGUUAACUGUUGGUCUCUUUCAAAUGGCGAUAUAGUGGUACUUCUACAAGUUAAUGUUGGUACUCAUAUCCUGAGAGAUCCGGUUAUUGAGAUUCUUCAGUUUGAGAAAUACAAUACGAGAAAUCUGUGUCCAGAGAAAGCAGAUGAACUGAACUUGGCUAAUGCUGAUCCAUAUGGACAACUUCUAACAUGGUUGCUUCCUUUGGAUAACACUCUUCCUCCUCCUCGUAACUUAUCCCCACCCCAGAGAGCUCCUAUUCCAGUUAUCGCUCCCACAUCUCAGAAGCCUGUGUCUUCUGGUUCACAGCUCUUCUCUCACUUUAGAAGUUAUUCCAUGUCAUCACUGCCCCAGAAUAGCAUUCCACCUACUCAACCAGUUAAAGCCCAAAGUUCUAAACCAAACUUUGACAUCGAUGAAUGGGGAGAGUACUCAUCUCAGAAGUUGCGAUUAAAUCGUCAAAAUGGUGGCGAUGGACUUCUCUCUUUCCGGGGUGUGUCAUUAGAGCGAGAAAGAUUUUCAGUACGUUGUGGUCUGGAAGGGAUGUACAUUCCAGGAAAAAGAUGGCGGAGAAAACUUGAAAUCAUUCAACCUGUAGAGAUCCAUUCCUUCGCUGCAGAUUGUAAUACAGAUGACUUGCUUUGUGUUCAGAUAAAGAAUAUUUCUCCAGCACACUUGCCAGAUAUAGUGGUGUAUAUAGAUGCUAUAACUAUGGUUUUCAACGAGGCUUCCAAGGGUAGCCUACCUUUGUCCUUGCCAAUAGCUUGCAUUGAAGCUGGAGAUGAUCACUUUUUACCAAAUCUAGCCCUCAGGAGAGGUGAGGAGCACUCUUUCAUCCUCAAACCAGCAUCAUCAAUGUGGAAAAGUCCCAAGGGUCUGGGUGAAAGAACUUCAUUUUCAUCAGCUACACGUCCUUCUCAGAAUUCUACAGAACAGAGUAGUAGUAAUUCAAACUCUGACAUAUAUGCUAUUAUGGUAUCUUGUCGCUGUAACUACACCGAGUCAAGAUUGUUUUUCAAGCAGCCAACUAGUUGGCGGCCACGUAUCUCUAGGGAUCUUUUGAUUUCUGUUGCACCUGAACUGUCACACCGGUCUUCUACCAAUGACAGGGUUUCCCAUCUUCCGGUGCAGGUCUUAACCCUCAGAGCCUCCAAUUUGACAGCUGAAGAUCUAACUCUAACAGUUCUUGCUCCAGCCUCAUUCACUGCUUCUCCUUCAGUUGGAUCCUUGCUUUUACCAUCAACUCCUAGAAUGGCUGCAGCAAUUGGGCCUGUGAGAAAACAUGGUGAUAAGGUUGGGAGCAAAACGCACAGCAGGGUGGCUUCUGCACCUCCUGCGUUAGAGCAGCUGAAUGAGGGAGGAGGUCUAUCUGGUUCCCAGUCUUCGGCCAUACCUGAUGUCAUUUCAAGUAGUGGUUUCGGUUGCACUCAUCUUUGGUUGCAGAGCAGAGUUCCAUUAGGGUGCGUCCCUGCAAACUCAACAGCCACAAUCAAGCUUGAGCUACUUCCCCUGACGGAUGGUAUAAUCACACUCGACACCUUACAGAUAGAUGUCAAGGAAAAAGGUCUAACGUACAUCCCUGAGUACUCCCUCAAGAUCAAUGCUACGUCCAGUAUUUCUACGGGUAUUGUAUAGGCAUUUUCGGUGCACCAGUGUGUAAUAUAUGCUUGUACCAAAUUGGAUCCUUCCCUUUCGAAGGAAACAUGGGACUGGCGCUUGGGCUUUCCAUAGAGAGACACAAAGCGAGGAGAAAGAGAGGGAGAGAGGUGGCUGCAACUGCAGAUGUCUUCAUCCAUCUCCACUGCACAGGGGAAAAAUAUAUGUUAUUCUGGUUGAUUGGUUGUGUAUCAUAAAUCUUGAGUUUCUAGGAAGAGACUUUCUUUCACGUAUACGACGUUACAGGGGGGAGCAAAAGAAAGAAAGCAGCGGCAAAGUUCAUACUGUAGAUGUGAUUCGAUUGUGUGGUUGUACUAAUUUGUCUAAUUCGAUGCCCCCCUUCUGAAACGAGUAGAGAGCAUGUUGCCAAAGUUUUGCUCAGGAAGAAGUAUGCUACGAGGUCAAUGGAUUUGGAUAGUGAUUUCAGUGUCAACUGCUGCUUGUCUGCUUUCUUGAUUUUCAUUAUGAACACUUGAUUUUAAAUACAAGUUACGGUAGACUUGUGCAAACAUUAAGCAU